AUGGCCAAGAAGAAGAACAAGCAGACCGCGCUCGACGAGUUUGACGAGAGUGUACCUAGCGGAAGCGCAUCGCAAACCUCUUCCAAUGGCUCAUCCAAGGACUCGGCGUCCAAGAGGGCUGCAAGCGCAAUUGCCGAUACAGCUCCUGCGCUCAUCAUAUGUCGCAAUAAGCAUUGGCGCUUCAUUUCCUCCUUCCAUGGUCCAUGGCUGCAGAUGCCCGUCGAGAUACUCGAAACCAUUGCGAAUAUCAACUACAACACCCCGCGACCGCGUCCGAUCGAUCCCGCCGUAUUCUUCGAUCUCCUCAAGAUCCGCCGGCUCGUGGACGAAGCCACAAACCUGGCCGUCCGGGCUGCCAGUGAUAUCGCCUCGCCGACCCUUACGAACAUACACGGCGGACUCAAUGGGCACAUGUCAUCGUUGGGCUUCGGGGUGGGUAACGGUCACGGCACGAAGCUUAGCAAGGAGCGGAAAUUCCGUAUGAGAGAGCAGGCGAGCCAGAAGCUCUCCCGCGCAUAUCGUCUGGAUGAGAUUGCCUGCAGCGUUGCGACCAUGCAAGGUGCUUCACCACUCGAAGAGAUUGGGUCUCUGGUGCUGCAGCGCAGCAAGGACGACCCGGAUGCCAAAUACGUUCAUUUCUUUCACGAAAAAAUACCCUCGCGACAGAUGGCAGAAUGUACCAGUCUACAGCCCCUGAACGAAGUCAUCUCGGCGCGUCCGACAGAGGGAGAAGCCUUGCGAACCAGAGCCACGGUCCGCACAUUCAAGGACGACUAUGAGGGUGCCGCACAGGACUUGAGCGCCGCGCUGCAAGUGCAACGUUUCCAUCAGCCGCUGCACAAGACGCCGUCCUCCCAAGAGUUGCAGCAAGUGAAUGGAUCGCGCAGGAGUCAGGACGUGAUUCUGACGGAUGAACAGCAGCCUAGCAGCUUGGAAACACAACUGUUGUUUCAGCGUGCCGGAGUGUACUUGACGAUUGCAUGCCAGCACGUGGUGGACAGCUUGCCAGAGAUUCCUGCAAACGGAGAGACAGCACAAGCAAACAGCACGAAUGGAGUAUUCAAGUCAGGGAAUGGGACAAGGGCCAGCGAGCAGGCUCCAGAACCUACGGCAGCGGAUAAGGAGGCAGCAAGCAAGCGGUUGGAGAAUCGCAAAGUGGUCAAGACGUACGCCAAGAGAGCGCUUCGGGACUACAUGGCUUAUUUGUCGCAAUUCGACUAUACACCAGAUCUGCCCCUGAAAGUAGCUAAGGAGUUUACUGAGAAGGUCAACCUCGCCGCGAAUGGUAUUCGUCACCCUCGUAUCCCCGACACGGGAAGCACUCCACCCUACAAGACAUACGCUCUGUCCGACCUCUUUGCUGCUGUUCCUCCCACCGAUAUCCCACCCUAUCCGUCCCAGGACGUGGUCCGUUCCUCGGGCCUGGUGCAACCAGGCAACUAUGAAGCCAUCACUUAUCAUCCCUUGCUAACGGACGCCCUUCAUUCUCUGCUACUUUGCCACUGCUUGGUCCAGACAUCUACUAAGGAGCUUCUUCGCCAUGCAUACAUGGUGGCUCGACUUGCCCGCCUCGCCGAUGGAUACCCGAUUUUCCAAGCCAGUAGAUCUCCGGCAAGGGCGGAUUGGAUCGAGGUUCUGCGUAGGGCGCAAAAUUGGAUCCAGAUGGCCGCGUCUUGGGAGCAACUAUGCGCUCCUGCUCCCCUUCCGGUUCUCGACGGGUCACUUGCUGGGCAGCAGAGCAAAACCCAUCCAUCCCCCAAAGCAGCCGCCCUUGCUGCCGCUGCCAUUACCAGAGACCCGAGCACAUUGUCUGACGCGGGCGAGGAAGAGGAGCAGCGCAAGGAGAGAGUUCGCCAGCAAGCCAUCAUGGAUUCGCUUGACGAUGAUAGGGUCGUCGACGAGGCUAGUCUUCGUGCGGCUAUCACUGCACGCCAGAAGCGUGCCGAGGAAGACCACGAGUACCUGCUGAAACUAAAGAACAGCUCGAACGGAAAGUCGGAGUCCGGAGCAAGCGGGCAAACAUCUCCCGCCUUGCGACGAUGGAGCGUGGACGAUGGGAGAGAGUACCCCAUCUUGACGGAGCGCGCUGCCGCCAUCGCGAGAUGGAUAAUGGAGGCUCCGGCAGUAAACCUCGGGACUGCCAAGCGGAAGAAGAAAACUGGCCCAAAAAAGAAUAAAGAUAUCACAGGAUCGGAGAGUGCGUCGGCCAGUAAGGUUAGCCUGGCCAUCGGCGAUACUGCCCUGGCAGUAGACGCGCCCGCUUGA